AUGCUGCCCGCCGGCGGGGCAGCGAGGCCGGGCUCGCCUCCCGCGGCGGGCCCCGAGAUCCGCGUCGGGGACCUCGUCCGUGCGCCCGUGCCCGCGCCCGAGGGCAAGCGGGGCCGCACGGCCGUGGUGCGGUUCACGGGCUUCGCGGGCGGCGACUGGGUGGGCGUGGAGCUCGGCAGACCAGAGGGUAGGAACGACGGCUCCGUGAAUGGUACCAGGUACUUCGAGUGCAUGCCAGGCCACGGGCUGUUCGUGCGGCGCCAGGCUGUGUCCAUGGUCACCCCCGGGAAGCCAGUCCCGACUUCUAGUAGGGCCCGUCGCCGCGCUUGCCAGGCCAGCGGGGCCAGUGCCGCCCACGUCGAAACGGCGGCGGCGGGGGCAGUUGGGUCGAGAUGUAUAUCCGAGGAAGCACCUUCCAUGUUUGACGAGAUCGUCAUCGGAGACACAGUGGAGGGCCAGCGCUAUAAGAGGUUGAACGAAUUUGUGCGUUGCCCAAGCUCCGGGCGCUUGAACUGGGAGUCUUUCGUGAAGGUCAUGCGUACGAUGUUAGGUGACCGUGUCACCGAAAGGGACCUGCAGCAAGAAUGGGUGGACGCGGGGGGCGCAGGAAUUACAGUGAGUCGCUUGUACACGCUCCUGGUUUCUCCGGACCACUACUACGUUCCCUUUGUGUUGGACAAGGUGUUUGAAUUGGCCGAUGCGCCCUGGGUGCAAGCUGGCAUAUCACAGGAGAAGUACGAUCACAUCGUCACGCAGUUCGUUGCCCUCGACACAAACGGCGACCAGGUGCUCAGCCGAAAGGAAUUCGAGAGCGUGAGCGGUUUACCGGAGUUCUUCGACAUGUCUCGCGACGACAUCUCCCAGUUGUUCGACGCCGUGGACGUAGACCAGAACCAAACGAUCUGCAUGAACGAGUUCCUGAAGUACAUGGCGAAGCGCAAGGACCACCACCCACUGCCGGCCCAGGUCGACCCCCAGAGGGGCCGCCUUGAGGACAUGAUGCAGCACUUCGGCUUCGUCUUCUGCACGACCGAGGGAGGCCAUCGCGGCGCCAUCGGAGACGGCAACUGCCAGUUCUACUCGCUGUCCUGGGGCCUCUACAGGACCACCCGCAGGCACGCGGAGCUGCGGGCGGAGGUCGUCCGGCACAUGCGGGGCCCCGGCCGCGACGACUUCGAGGUCUUCUACGCGCCCUCGCACCCGGGGCAGCCGGCCACCUACGACGCCUACCUCGGCAGGAUGUCCCGGGACCGGGCCUGGGGCGACCACCUGACGCUGCAGGCGGCGGCCGCCCUGCACGGCCUGGACGUGCGCCUCCUGACAGCCGACGCCUUCGGGCACGCGGGCGGCGGGGCCGAUCCGUCGAGGCCCUACCUCAGCAUCUCGUCGCCCACGGCGAGGCCCAGAGUCGUCUGGAUGUCCUUCGCGGCGCAGCACUACGACCCCAUCGAGCCGACGUCGACUACCCCGCGGGGCCUGCUCUGCUGA